AUGCAGUUCUCCACUCUUCUCCUGUCUCUCCUCCCCACUCUCGCCCUCGCUCUCCCUACAACCGACUCCGCGGAAUCCCUUGAUGUUCUCGCUGCCGUCGAGUCCAGACAGUCGUGCUACGUAAAGUGCGGGUCGACAUGCUACACCUCUGCGCAGGUCACAACUGCCCGUAACGCGGGCUACAGUUACUACCAGAACGGCGACCAGGCUGGUAGCUCGACUUACCCCCAUACGUACAACAACUACGAGGGCUUUUCGUUUUUGGUUUCCGGACCGUACCAGGAGUUUCCGCUUAGGACAUCGGGAGCGUACACUGGUGGCUCGCCUGGUGCCGAUCGUGUCAUUUUCAACACUCGGGGUCAACGUGCGGGAGAGAUUACGCACACUGGUGCUAGCGGUAACAACUUUGUUGCUUGCUCCGGUUGGUAA